CUUGAUAUGAAUUCAUGAAUUGAGCGUGGUUCAACAAUUGAUUGUAAAAAAUGAAUUUAUCAUACCAAAUUGAACAUUCAUUUGAUUGUAAUCAAGGUGCUAUCCGUAAAGUUGCACUAAAUGUUGAUGGCGAAUAUUGUCUCACUUGUGGAAGUGAUAAAACAAUAAAACUAUGGAAUCCGCGAAAACAAUUAUUGUUGAAAACCUAUUCUGGUCAUGGUUUCGAAGUGAUGGAUGUUGAUUGUUCUUGUGACAGUAGUCAAUUAGUGUCCGGAAGUCAUGAUAAAACAAUCAUACUAUGGGAUGUGACAACAGGUCAACCGAUGCGUCGUUUGCGUGCACAUAUCGCCGUCAUCAAUGUUGUUCGAUACAAUGAAGAUUCAAGCCUGUUCAUUUCUGGCUCAUUAGAUGGAACGGUAAAGAUAUGGGAUGGAAAAAGUAAUUCACGAGAACCGAUUCAGGUUCUCGAUGAAGCCAAAGAUAGUAUAUCGUAUUUAUCCGUGACAGAUCAUGAAAUUGCUACGGCUUCAUUAGAUCACCAUUUAAGACGAUAUGAUAUACGUAAAGGAAUCAUGGAAGCCGAUAAUUUACAUUCAUCAUUAACAUAUGUAAAUUUUACUAACGACAGUCAAUGUAUGCUUGUCAGUGGUAUGGGUAAUCUAUUGAAACUUUUGGACAAAUCAAGUGGCCAAAUCCUAGCAUCUUUUGAAGGGCAUGUUAAUCAAAAAUAUCGAAUCGACAAUGGUUUCCUUGAUAAUGAUUCAUUAAUUGUAUCUGGAUCGGAAGAUGGAAACAUUUAUAUUUGGUCGUUACUUGAGGGUAAAAUUGUAGCCAAAUUGGCGCAUUUACAAAAAGUGAUACAUACAUUUGCCAUACAUCCGACCGAAAUGGAAUUGAUUAGUGGUGCCGAAAACAAAGUCCAUGUUUGGCGAAUCACCAAAACAAGUUGA